GUUGACUUUCUCUCCUGGCAUCUGUGUGGGAAGUGCCACACACUCCCCAAACCAACAACGGCUUUUGCUUGCAUAUUCCAGUGUUUCUUUUGUCAGCGACUACAGCAAAGUUGUAAUUCUUCCAGUGCCAGCCCCGAGCUGAGUGAGGAGCCACCAGCAGACAUGGUGAAAAUGACAAAAUCCAAAACUUUCCAGGCUUAUUUGCCAAACUGUCACAGGACGUACAGCUGUAUCCACUGUAGAGCUCACUUAGCCAAUCAUGAUGAGUUGAUAUCCAAGUCAUUUCAGGGAAGUCAAGGGAGAGCCUACCUCUUUAAUUCUGUGGUAAACGUCGGCUGUGGACCAGCAGAAGAGAGGGUCCUUUUAACCGGGUUGCAUGCAGUGGCUGAUAUAUACUGUGAGAACUGUAAAACCACACUUGGCUGGAAAUAUGAACAUGCCUUUGAAAGCAGUCAGAAAUACAAGGAAGGAAAGUUUAUCAUUGAACUAGCGCACAUGAUAAAAGACAAUGGAUGGGAGUGAGUGUUGUGCACUGCUCUCUAUUCAGGUUGCAUCUGUGUGGAACAUACAUUACAGGCAAAGUAAAACAGAACUGUGAAUUUUGUUGUUGAGCAACCGAAAAGAUCACUGAACUUUUACAAUAAAGAUGUAACCUCAUGGACUGGUAGAGUAGCUGAUGGGCACAUUGUGGCUGGACUUGAAUCCUCAUAUGUCCUUGAAGGUUCCUGCUCCCUUUUUACUAUCUCCCCUCUCCUUUUCUUUAUGUAGAUGUUUUCUUGUGUGUGAUCAACUGUUAAAUGUUGUUGCUGCUGCAACACACUGGAAGAGAUUCCCUCACCCCCUGAUUUGUAAACGUACAAGUCCUUGAGACGCUUAUAUUGGCUUGCAAUUUUGUUUAUACGCAUGCCUAUAUGUUUUCUCCUCUACACAUCUUGACAUGUCAGUCCCUGAGCUGAAGAAACAAGUGUGCAUUGGGCCCAAGAAGAAGAGAGAAUCCGUACAGUGCAAGUUGUUUCACAUCUGGAAAGGGGAAGAGUUUGCGGCACUGGAGACCCAAUGAAUCAAUAGACACUCAAAGGUGGUGUUUGCAAAGCCUUUGUGGCAUGUUCCUGACCUCCGCCUCUGCUGCUACUGUAAGGGGUGUUUUCCAGUGUGCAGGGAAGCAGUUGGACAUACCAGAUGCCAAUUCUAUCAUUUUGGUUUACAUAUGAUUUUUAAAUCCCAAGGAGGGGAAUAUUCUUUCUUUAGGGUGAAAAAAAUCUUACAAAUAUGAUGAUCCUUCCUGCUAAAUAAGCCAAAUUCUUUGCUCCUCACUAAUCGGAGAAUACAAAACCCUGUAUACAGAAAAUUGUACCUUUAUCCACUUGAUGGCGUGGGACGAACAACUUGGCUUUGUUGCAAACCCCAUGUUGGAGCAAGGUGGUUUGCCGAAACAGUUAUUGUGCAACUGGUGCCGCAUACACCAAAAGUGUGUUAUGGCUGGUUCCAUAAACAUUGUAGGUUUCAUUUAAUGCACUGGAUAUAGAGGGCAUUUGAAAUAUUAUUAGAUGUGCUCCUACUUUUUGCACACUCACAAUAUAGGGAAUCUUUCUGGGGAAAAGGCCCUUCUUGUUUGUACAGUAUAUAUUCCCAGUUUCGUUUUGUAGGAUGGUUAAUUUAACUCUUGGGUGAGGGUGGUUUGCUGGUUAAAUCAUUUCCAAAGUUUGGUGUUUUUGUUUUGUUUUUAAGAAAUAAUGAACGUAAACAAACUAUGAAAGUAAAUGUUGCCUAAAUGACUUGUUACAUGUGCACAUCUGCAGCUGCUGUGGAAGGGAGAAGGACGCGGAACGUACUGGGCGAGCCUGCCAGCUGUCCCUCAGUGUGGAUGUGCAUCAUACUGGGGGUGCUUCUCUAUUCAGAAUCUUACCUCCCAUUUCUCUCACAUGCCUUAGUAGCACAAGGCAUAUAGGCAUCCUCUCUAACAUUAGUUGUUUCAGGCUUUUGUGGUUAAUGUUGACUUAGAAUUGUAGCCUUUUUUUAUGACCAUAACUGAAAUGAAGUAGUCUUUCCUCCGCACAUAACCUUUCUGGAAAGGUGGGAUUAUUAAUGCAGUAAUGGCCAUGUAGAGGACUAGGAGAUGAAGACAAGGACCAUUUAUUUUUCUAUACAACACUACCACUACUGUGAGCACUUUGACUUCAAUGAUAUUAUGGGAAUCCUUGCAAUAAAAAUGCCCCCCUGCCCCCUAAAUAUGUUUAAUGUAAUGCUACAGACUCUUUCAGUGUAAUAACUGAUGCAACGCUGCUGCUUAAUGCAUUCUGUAGAAGUAGGAUGGACUGCACUUUAUGCGUAUAGUCAAUUUCAGUAAUUGCUUUAUUAUAAGACAGAUCACAACUAAAGGUUAUAGAUAGAAAACGUUUAUUCAUAGAAAAGAUCUACAUCAAUUGUAUUUGUAUUAAUGAUUAUAUGAUUGGAGAUCCACCAUGUCAGUGACCUUACAUAACCUUGCAAUAUUCUGGAGAUUGUUAGAUGAAUCCAUUCACCCUGCUUACAGCGAAGGGAUUAUUUUCCGUAACAGGUGCCUGCAUUAAACUUAAAAAUAGCAUUAUACUAGAUAUUUAGCUGUACUUACACCUCAAAUCAAGGGGCUUAUUAUGAAAUUGCAUGACCUGUGUAAUCUAUAGUUCAGAAAUUCUUUAGAACUCUGUUGGUGGGAUUAGCUGGUAUGUCCCUAUAUUUUGCUAUGCACUUUGCUAUGCGUCUAGUGAACUGUGCUUUACUUAUUUUGGCAUAUGUUCAAAGUGGUUAUUGGCCUCAAAAUUUGUAGUAAAAACUUUAAAAAAGAAAAAAAAGUUUCUGCCACCAUCAAAAGCCUGUUCUUGCCUCAUGAACAAAACGCCCACUAAAUAUUAAUGGCUCCCAGUUGUGGCUAGAGUGACCUAUAGGACAGUCUGGUUACUGAUCCUGAUUGUGAGUGUUUGUUUUUCAGCAGUUUGCAUAAAACUUGAAAUAAAUAUAUAUAUAUAAAAAAAAAGACAAAAAAGCAUUUUCCAUCUAACCAAUUUUUGUAUAUAAUAAUAUUAUGGGUAAUAUUUAAAGUGUUUUCUGUGUUAUGGUAAGGUUGCCAUUUUUUUAUUAUUUUUUUUUGUUAUUAUGAUUCUUGUAGCUACUUAACAGAUUUCUGUGUGUGUAUUGUUUUUGUAAGCAGUUUGGAAAGCUGUUAUACUCAAAAUAUUGAGCUUCAUGUUUUCCAUUGCUAAACUUGUCUCUAUAUACCCUGACAGAUGACAGCUCUGUAACACCUGUCCCGUAGUUACAAAGCAAUUCUAGGGCCUUCUUCCUUUUAUAAGGUGCUGUGUUCAAUAUUACAUGACCUUUGACAGUGAAAGAGUUACAAUGUUGACUCUGCAGAAUACUUGAUGUGGCUUAUUCCAUUGUUUGCAGUUGUGCUAGGUCCUAGUUAGAGUGCUGAAAGAGACCAGAUAAAAUUGCUGUACAGGGCUUUAAAUGUACAGCGAGAACGCUGGUCUUUUCUGUUUCCUCUCCACUACUGCUUUGAUAGUGUUCACGAGAAUAUCUUCUUUAUUAAACAUCUAUGGUUCUUUUCUCUUUGGUAGUAACAUCUUGUCUACUAUAUAUUUGAAUUUAAGUAGACAAUAUCACAUGGUAUCUCCUGCAACACAAUUUCUGGGCCAUAUUCAUUUAGCAGCACAUCAUUGCAGAAGCCUGACAUUGCAGACUUCCCUACACACCUCUAUGUGAUAUUAGGAAUGAUCGGUGAUCGCUGCUAACUGACUGCCACUCUGCCACCAGUAUUUGAUUACUCCCAUUGCAGCUUUCUGGCCCACAUGUGUAAUUUAAAGGAUUAAAGUGGAUCUUCCCAAUUCCAUAUUAAGAUAUGACUCUAUCUUUGGUCUCUGUCAGACACUCCUCCAGGGAACAGCACUUCUACAGUAUGUGAUACGGUUAUAAAAAUGAAUUAUUUGCUGAAUCCCUGACUGCAUUACAGUUUAUAGUUGUCCUGUAAAGGGAAUUACAUUACACUGCUUACAUUGUCCAGGUACAUAACCCAUUGUAAAAAAUACUUUGCUCUCUUUGUGUGGAUCUUCCUCUCUGAAAGUACUUUCCAAUCCCCCUUCUGGCCGUCACCCUCUCCCCCUUACUGAAAUGCAAACAAGUUCUUGUUUUGUUUUAAUAUUUGCCUUUGAGUGGGACAGACUUGCAAAUAAAUUGUGUAUGCUGGAGAGUAACGCCUAUUCUGUGUAGAGCAUUUAACCCUUUCACUGAUGGGAUAAGUAAUGUUAAUGUAAGCUGUGACUAAAGGGGAUAAAAGGCUGUCUUUCUCUUAAGGGGGGUACUCACGGAGCGAUAUUCUAAGCAAGAUUGCUUAGAAUAUCAGCAUGAUCGCUCCGUGUGUAGCCCCCUCAGCGAUAGCGAUGCGUGGCCCCGCUGCUGCUAGAUUGGCCUGCAUGCAGGCCAAUCUAGCGGGUCGCUCACUUCACCCACUGGGUGAAAUGAGCGGCUCCCCCCGCACGCUCAGCACAGAUCGCGCUGUGCUGAGCGGCAGGAGAGAUGUGUGCUGAGCGAACCGCUCAGCACACAUCUCUCCUGCAUCGGCCCGUGGGUACUGGGCUUAAGUCUACAAAAUGAUUAACAUGUUUUAUAACUAUUUUACACUUGAGCUGUCAUCAUCACAAGGAAUGAAAAGGAAUCAUAACUGUGAAAUUAUCUUCCCUGUAGCAGAGGUCAGACAGGCACUGGAACAAUGAGUUUCUAAUGGUUGAAGCAGGUCCAAGCUUUAUUCACUGUUCAUUUUAACCACUUCAGUGUUUGAAGUCUACUAAGCAGGACUUUUAGAUCUUCAUUACUGAAGAGGAUCUGCAGAUAGAACCACUGUUGUAAAUGGGAUAUGCUGCCACACAAUGUGAUGCCUAGUGUUGACACUUUGCUUAAACUAUUUUACACCAUUUACACUCAAGAAAAAAAUAAAUAUUUUCUUUUUUUUUUCUUUUUUUUAUUCUUUUGAGAUGUCAUAGCUUUGCUGUUCUGUCUUAGCUAUAUUGUGCAACACUUGUGCAAAUUGUUUCACGUCGUCGUAUUCAAUUUGAGGUAUCACAAUAAAAGGCUUUAAUCAGCA